CCUGUGCCACCUGUACCAUCAAGAUCAAGAUCAAGAAGAGAUCAGUUGAUUCGCGCCAAACAGAAAUAGUAGAUUUAUCAAGCCGUGUUGUUUCCUGGGCGUUGCAAAAAAUCUGCUUUCGCUGAUUGUAGUUUUCAGAACACAUUGAAUGUAUGGCUGCCAGUCCCCAGUUAGCGUUAUACACCUGGUAUCACCAGCACAAGAAGAAAGAUCUAGGGUUUGGACAAAAAGAUUGGCUGUAUUUUUUUCAAGAACAAGUUAAAGAUGAUAAAAAAAAUAGCUCGACAAACACUUUCACAAAAAUAUGUGAAGGAAUUGUAAAUGAUGAAUGUGUGACAAGGGAAUCACAAGUAGAAGAAAAGAACAAAGGAAAUUUGGACAAGUUGAAGCAACUACAACAGCAGCAAAAUGAAGACUGUGCUGAUGCUGUGAAUUUGCACCUUAGUACAAAAUUUCAAGAAGAAGAGCAAGAUGAAUAUUGGAGCCAAUCCAGCAGCCACAGCCAAAAGAUAGAAGGGGCCCAACAUCCUUCAGGGGAGGAACCAGUCACACCACACACAUCUCAGCUCAACACAACUCUCAACAGCCCCAUACUUUUACUACCACAAGGCAACAACAUAUCAGUGGAAGAAUCACACACCUUGCCAUUGUGCAGCCCAGCACUGACACUUUGUGAUGUAUUCUCACCUGCAAAGAGGGAUAGCAGCCCAAGGGAUACCAUAAUGGAAAGUCUGGCUAUUAAUUUGGACGGUUCAGAAGUUUCAUGGAGCAGUGCCUUGGCUACACCCACCAGUACCAGCCAUAGCCACACCGUUGACUGCACCUCCCCAUCCACCCUUGAACGCCAAACUCUUCAUCCUAGGCAGGGACUGAGAGAAAAUGUGUUGGCUCGAUCACUCUUCAGUCCACGAACAUGUGGAGCUGCUGGUUCAUCUUCAAGUGGGGAACUGAGUCCUGGUCUUGGUAUCAUCAACUGUUUCUCUCCAGUUUCAAGGUUCAGUUGCAGGUCUAUGUCUUCAACAAAUCAAAAGAGGCCCUGUCAUGAUGAAAGAACUAAGCCUGACUGGCUAGAAGCUGGGACUCAGGGGUUCAGAAUAAGUGUCAACUGUGAGAAGAAUGUACUACAUGGAAAAAAUAUAUUGGUUAACCCAGAGGAAAAUCAGCAAAGAAGUGGCAUUAGGCCUUUUUUAUGUGAUGAGGAAUACUCUCACAGCCCUCAAACAAAACCGAUGCAAGAUUGUAUUGUGGUGAGACCAGACCAGACCAGCACACCAGUACAGCCUAGAUCUGUGAAAGCAAGGCACCUAGUACUUAAUGAACAGUCACCAAAACCUAUAGAUUUCCUAGAGCCUAUCCCAUUUGAGCAAGAGAUAAAAGAAGAAGGAACUCAGGAAACUAAUUUAGGUUUAUAUAAAAAAGGUGUUACUGAAUAUUCCUGUGAUUCAGCAGAAGAUCCAUUUGAUAUAAUGUGUUCUCCAGUGUGCAAAGUCAAGCAAAGGAAGAAAAGCAUCAUUGGUAAAAUUAAAUCAACACUGGAAACAUCAGAAUUGAAAUUGAAUGAAAAAGUUAAGUUGAUUGACUCUGUAAAAUCUACUGAUGAAAAAAUAAAAAAGGAACCUGUUCUUAUAGAGGUUGAGGACAGCCUGAGUGAGAUGUUUAGUGGCUGUCCUGACAAGAAUAUGCCCAUUGAGGGUGUAAAUAUAUCUGGAGAAAAUAGUUUAUGUAAAGAUGGAUCCCUUUUGAGCUCUUUGAGUAAUGAGAAAAUUGAGGCUGUAAAAAAUGCUGAUCCCAAAGUAAAAGUAUUAAAUGAAGAGCACACAAUAGAUGUGAACUGCCAAACUGAUAUAAGACACCAAACCGAGCAUUCCAUAAAGAGGUCUGAUCAACACAGUACAACUCCACCUUUUGGAAUGUUUGUUGCUGAAUUGUCUGUUAAUCCAAAAAGAAUAAAUUUGUCUGAUAGCAUUAAUGCAGAAAAGCAGUGUAUAGAAAUGACAUCUAAAGACAAAGAAAAAUGUAUCUCUUGCUCAAAACAAGAAAGAACAAACAUAGAAAUGCCCUCCUUCUUUAAGAAGAGUAAACUUGCAAAAAGAUUUGUUUAUCCAACUAAUUUAGGUGAGGGCUAUGAGGAGUUGAAUGUUUCAUAUACAGAAACCAUAGGAGAUGAUGAAACAAGGAAAAAGACAGAAGCACCAGGCACCAAUGGUGUCACCAGGAACAUUCCAAAUAUUGGAUUGGCAAGUGAUAUAUCAAAUAAGACAGUAGAGUCAGAAAGUAAAGGGGUCAUUUGUAGCACACCAGUUAAUAAAAGAGAAGAUGAAAAAUGUAUUGAAGUAGUGCCAGUGAGUAAAAGGACUAUUUGUAACACUCAUGCAGGAAGAGAUGAAAGUUGGCUUGAUGGAGAAAUACCAAAUGGUAAAAGAACUAGCUGCAACAUUCCAGCCACCCUUCCUAAGGCAAAGGAGGAAGUAGAUUUCUUGGCAAAGAGGCAAAAAAAGUUCCUUUCUCUCUCAAAUCUGGAGAAUAGUGACACUUUAGAGAUAAGUUCCAACUCAUCAUUUGAACCUUUACAACAUGAUGGAUGUGAACAAUCGGCUAAAUCUUCUGAAAUGAAGAAAAGACCUAUUGAUACAAAAGAAAGAACAAGUACUGAUAACCAGCACUGCAUCCACAGAGUAGUACCAGUAGCCUCUGUGACUCCUUUUGAAAGGGAAAGUACAAAGGAGAUUACAGUUAAUAGCUCACUGCAGACUUACAAUGUGGAUAUUAAAUUUCAAGAAAAUAUGCAGAAUAUUUCCAUUACUCCAUCAAGGAAUAUGAAAAUGAGUUCUGUGAGAACUCAGGUUGACUUAGCCAGCAUUACUCAACCAGCAUUGCCAGAACAGUGCCCAGUGGAUCUAUCAGAACUUAAGGUGCAUGAACAUAAGCCUGUAGAGGGCUUGACCAUCCAAGGAAAUAAAGGGCAAGUAAAGCAUGCUGUCUCCAUUUCACUCAACAACCAGCUGGUGUCUGAUACUUUUAGCGAUAUUGAUUUCUCAGAUAGUGAUUUUGACAUAUCUCUUCCAUUGGAGGAAGGGAGUGCUAUGGAUAAUAACAAAAAUCUGAAACCAGACAAAGAUAGUGAUGUAUUUACAAAAGUUGCAUGCAGGAAAGGAGGUUUUGAUGAAGAUUACUUCAAUUGGAGCAAUUCAGUGAGAGAUCCAGGCUUUACUGGUUUUAUGACUGGCAGUGGGAAACAAGUGAAGGUUAGUGACAAGGCUCUUGAGGAGGCCAGAAAAUUUUUGGAAGAGCAGACAUGUGAAGAACAUAAUCUUGGACUCCAGCAAGUUUCAAAUGGAAAGCCUGUCAAUAUGGAUUAUUCAGAUAUACCUCAGGUAAAAAGAGAAAAAAAUAAAUUGACGAGUUUGCAUAUGGCAGCAGGUUCAAAUUUCUGCACCUUAUCUGAAAUGGGAUCCUUUACCAUACUUAAUGGCUUACCAAAUGAUGUAGGUAAUGAGGGAACAUCAAAAUUUGGACAAAACACUCACAAUAAAAAUAUUCUUGAGGUGAAUAGCAACUGUACUUAUGAGAAGGCACAAGGUGUAUUAGCUGAAGAAACAUCAAGGCAAAACACUAGUGAAGACAUGAAGAAUACCUUUACCCAUGGAGAUGGUGAAAUGAGUAAAGGUUCUGUUGUGCAAGAUUCAUGUUAUGACACUAGCAGAAAAACAAGUGUUUAUGGCACUACUGAAACACAGCAGCUGAAAGCUAAGAACACUGGCAGAGGGUUUCAGAAGUUUGCCAAAAGUGAAGAGGCAGAAGUGAAAGCUAGUAUGGUCUUUGAAAGUGCAUACUUGCUUUGUAAAGAAAGCAAUAGUACUGGUGAAGCUAAAUUGAUGGAAAAUACAGAAACCACUAUAGAGCAUAAAGCUAGUGCAUUUCAAGGCUUUAGCACUGCUGCUGGAUCUCAGAUAAAAAUCAGCAAAGAAGCAUUAAGGAAAGCACAAAUAUUUUGGGAAGAAGAAAAAUGUGAAAAAGCUGAUAUGAGUAUACAGACUCAUGAAAAUGAGACCAGUAGACUACAUGAAUAUAAUAGUUUAUCAAAAGUUCAGACUGUAAGAUUAAGGUCAGCCAUUCCUGCAGAGUUAAAGACCACCAUAGGAACUCUGACAUUAAAAAGUCAACAAUGUAUACCUAGUAGGAGAUUAAAAACUACAAUGUAUUCCAGUAAUGAUUGUAAUUUAUCAAAUCAACCAAAGCAUGAUUUAGAAAAGCUUUCAAAAAGUGGCCUGCCUUCAUCACAUACAGAUAAAUCUAUUUGUAGCAGUACUUAUGUUUUAGGUCAUCAGUCUGGCAGUCUGGUUGCAUCUCAGCAUAUUACAAAUGAAGCAAAUAAAAAGGGAAUCAGUUUGCACACAUUACACAGUGAACCAUUUUCUUUUAAGAAGAAUUCUAAAAGUAUAUCCAAUGCAGAAAACAACACUUUAUUGGAAAUGGAUGUGGGAUUUCAUACAAUAAAAAAAAAAGCUUUUGUGAAGGAAGCCUCUAUUUCAAAAGCUGCUCACCAGAAAGAAACAACUAGUAGUGAAAAAGUGAGACCUCUGCAGCAACAGAAUAUCAUCUGGGACCCUGAGGUCUUGGAAGAAAUUGGUACUGGAUUCCAUACAGCUAAAGAAGAGAAAAUUUCAGUGAAUAAGAGCUCUGUUACUCAAGCUUGUUUAUUAUGGAAGGAGACUGAUGGCUCUGAGGUGAAAACACUUGACCAAGAGGUAGCUCAAGAGCUAGAGAGUACACACUUUAAUGUUGAAAUAUCAGAUAAGCUGAUUAGCAAACCUGAUGGAAUGUUCCUUGGAAGCAUGAAAGUUGCCCCAGACUUACACUGUUUGCCAAAAAAGGACGUGGAUUCUAAUAUUUCCUCCACCAACACACUUCCUGUAAGGAAAACAGAAGAGAAAGAAUUUGCAGCAUUCAGUAAUCAAGGAACCAUGUCAAGUAUAGAUGUGGAAAUUAGUGGGAAGAGAAAUGAAUAUGAUGAAACAAGCACAAAGCUACAGUUAAGAAAUGCAGAUACAUUCACAGUUCUUAACACAGACACUUCCACUGCUAGUGAAAAGAAUGUUGUUCAGAAUUUGAACUUGUUUAUUAAACCAAGAAAACUAUUUGAGGAUGAAAUGCAUUUCAAGUCAGUGAUGAAUUGCCAAACUCCAUUAUCAGUUAGCCAAAAUGAUAUUGAUUUCUUUAGUGAUGGAAAAUCAAAUAUUCAUAAAAAUAAGAUUGACAAUACAAAACAAGUUAAAGUUAGUAGCAAGUCUUUGCAACAAGCAAAACAACUAUCACAGCAGUGUAUUAUCAGUAAAAAUUGUCCUUCAUUUGAGACAGAGAAAGACUUGAAUAAUACUUGUAAGAGGCAAGCUGCAGCAGUAGAAUCCUUUGUGGUGACAGUUGAUCAAAAUACUGGAAAUACUGAUGAAUGUGUAGAAGUUAUAUGUGGAUCACCCAUUUUAGGUUCACAAAGAAGUAAUAAAGAAAAAGAUAUCAACAACAUGUGCUUGUUGACUGCAUCCCGAUCACUGAAGAAUGAUUCAGUCAAUACUCAGGAGAUUUCUGACAUCUCAGAUGUUACUGAAGCCUUUCUUAAGGAUAGUGAGGACACCACAAAGAAACUAUCCAGCCAGAGGAAAAGGCCAUUGAGCUUGGAUGAAAAUAAGGAAAAAGACUCAUUAACUUCUCACAAGAAGAUGAAAGGGAAUAUGACAUGUAGCCAGCCUGAAAAUUUACAAGGUUGUGGUGCAAGAGAAACCUCCAGGAUCCUUGCUAGAGAAAAGCUGAAGGAACUGAUACAGCUGAAGGAAAAACAGGGAGUCCAGCCAAUACCAGGGUCUUUGUAUAAGCUGAGGACUGAAAGGAAGCAGGAUAGGAUAAAGCUACAUUCAUAUGGAAACUUGAAGUUAUAUAACAGGAAAAAGAGGAAGGUUGAAACUGUCACCUUUAGCAAUGCCUUACACUACCGUUUUGAGGUGCAGGAUUCAAGGUGUGACAGCAUAAAGUGUGAUGAUGGGUGUGUCCUACUACUGGGUCCUGAUGAUUGUGUUGGGAUAGAAGAAGUGGAGCUUGGGUUCCUUGCAAUGCCUGGUGUCCACCCAGGCCUCAUCCCACCCUCAUGGAUACACAACCAUUACAAGCUGAUCGUAUGGCAACUUGCUGCCUUAGAGAGGCGAAUAUUUGAUUGUCAGGUCCUAACAGUGGAAAAUGUGGUUGCCCGACUCAAAUACCGCUAUGACCGAGAAAUUGAUCGAGCAGAGCGGUCCAUACUAAGGAAAAUCACAGAGCAAGAUGAUGUUCCACAAAAGACCAUGGUCCUCUGUGUAACAAGUGUAAAGCUGGGCCUAGAGGCUGAUGCAAGAGAUGUCAAGUCAAGAACUGUGGACACCAGAUUGCUGCCUAUGCUGGAGCUGACAGAUGGCUGGUACAUCAUAGGUGCUGUGGUGGACAAAGCCAUGUGCCAGCUGAUCAAAAACAAAAGAGUGGAGGUGGGCACCAAGCUGGUUCUCCAUGGUUCAGAGCUGGUUGGUACCACCUGUCCAUGCCAUCCCUUGAAGGCUUCUCCUACACUGUGCCUCCGCUUGCACACCAACAUGACAAGGCGGGCACGGUGGUGGACACGCCUUGGCCUGCUGCCUCAGAAUGGGCCACUUCCAUCAUUCCUGGAAGCUACUCACUGUGAUGGAGGUCUUGUGGGACAAGUGAAUGUGAUGGUGACACGUCUCUACCCUUUAUACUAUGAGCGCUCACAAGAUGGUUUAGGGGUAUUCAUGGGUGAGAAGGCUUACUUGAAAAAGCUUUUUGAAACUGAGAGGCAAAAAGAGUUAUUAGUUGAGCAGAUUACUGCAGAAGUUGAAAAAGAGCUUCAUCAUGAAGAGAGAAAGGAAGGUCUGAAGACAGAGAAGCAUAUCAUGACCCCUGAAGAGAUCCGAGGCCUCACUCUUGGACAGGAAAUUUCACAAUUGUUAGAUGAGGCAGCAGAUCCAUCAAGCUUGGAGGAAUUGUUAACUCCUCAUCAAAAACAGCUGGCAAGAACUUGGUGUGAGAAAAAUACAGAAGAAACAAGGCAGAGGCUUCACACUGAAGUGAUGAAUCGCUUUGCAAAAAGACAAAAACACUUUGAGGCAAUUCCUCUGUUGAAGGUGCGUAUUGUUGAUGGAGAACGUGAUGGAGCCUUAGUGACAGUAUGGAGGCCAUCUAUGGAACUGAGAGAGAAUAUCUCUGAAGGAUCCUUCUUCACCAUACGUUAUCUCAUGGCUGAUGGUUUCAGGUGGGGCAUCAGGCAGUUCAUAACCACUCGACAGACCAGAUGGGAAGAGUCCUUCAGAGGCCCUUUAUUGUGGCGUGAGAAGUUUGCUCGCUCAGUAACUCCUUUGUGCCUUAUCACUUCAAAAGACCUAAAUCCACUGUGGCGGGAGGUGGAUGUAGUUGGGGUGGUGCUGAAGAUUGGAAAGUCCAAUCCUAAAUAUCAGAUUGUGUACCUUGUGGAUCACUGCCUCAACAUUUUGGCUGUCAACUUCUGGGGUGGCCUCAAGAAGUGUGGCUAUGAGGACAGUGUAGUGGUUGGUACCAUGAUGUGCCUCAUGAACUGCAGUUGGAGAGGAUAUAAUGGUGGCAUUAUUGGUUGUAUUCAUUUCACUGAGCAUAGCAUGGCCACCUUUUCCCCCAGCAGCCCUCAUCUUGUUGAAGCAGCUGCACAUCUUAGGAACAGCAUCAAGGACAUGAAGAGCUUAAUAAAUGAUGCAGACAAGAAAUUGGAUGAAACUCUUGAUAGUCCAGCAUUUCCUGACAAAGUUUCACACUGUAGUGAGAAGAUGAUAGAAUGGAAGCAUAUCAGAAGUAUGGGAAAUGAAUCAUUCCAAACUGGUAAAGGGAACAAUGGUAGCAACUUGAAAGCAAAUAGACAAGAGCAGCAAGCAAAGGAGGUGCAGAGCAAGCUGAAGUUACUCAGCCAGUAUGGAUCACCAGGAUACUCACCAGAGAUUUUGUCAUCUGCUUCUCUUCAGACCCGCAAACCGUUCCGCAUACCUCUUAGGAGGCCUCAGAAGAACAGCACCUUAAUUGAGGAAAAUAAAUGUAAUUAGUUCCUUCAUUGAUAUUUAUUGUAAUGUCAUUAUCAUUGUAUUUUUCUGUUAAUAUAUUCAUCAUUUUAAAGAAAGACAUUAAAUUCAUUGAUUAUUUUAAAAAAUAACUUAGUUAGGAGAAAGGUUUUAUGUACUCUGUUGCACAUGGAUGAAUUACAGAUCUUAGGCAGAAAAA